AUGGAACGCACCCCAAACUUCAUCCGCGCUUGGUUUUGGUCACGCCAAGAUUCGAGUGUCCCUUUCGAUGUCCGCAACCCUGGCCAGGCGACUGUCAAUACGGAUGGCUGGGGAACACCGACUGCACUCUUUCCGAACACAAACUGUGAUAUUUCAUCCAAGUUUGCGCCACACAAAGUGAUUAUCAACUUGACAUUCUGCGGGGACUGGGCUGGAAACACGUAUCUAAAUGAUGGGUGUCCUGGUAAUUGCAUUGACCGCGUGAAUAACAGUCCUGGCUCGUUUACAGAAGCGUACUGGGAUAUCGGAGCCAUUAGGAUGUAUGGUCUCUGA